AUUGGCAAUAAGUACCUCUUAACUAAAAGCACUGUUGUUGUUAUAAAUGCGAUAAGGUGAUAUAUAAUAUAAAGUACCAAAACAAAGUUUUAAUUAAGUUGACUUUUCUGUUCGUGCACAAAGAUUCUCAGAAUGUCAUUAUCGGUGCAAAAAAUCGUUGACCCAACAUUGUUAGGAGAGGGACCCCACUGGGACGACAAGCAACAGGCUUUGUACUUUGUGGACAUCAAUUUGAAGUCCAUUAAUAAAUAUGUGCCUGCUACAGGAGCCCAUACUAAGACUUUUUUAGAGGGUCGUGUGGGUUUUAUAGUACCUGUAGAUGGUACAGAUGAUCAAUUUGUUGUUGGUGUGGAGAGGAAAUUCUUGAUAAUCCAAUGGGAUGGUGAAAAUGAUAGUAAAGUCAAAGUUGUAAAAGAACUAGGAGAAGUUGACCAGGAUGUACCGACAAAUAGAAUCAAUGAUGGAAAAGCUGAUCCUAAAGGAAGAUUGUAUGCUGGUACAAUGGGUCAUGAGGAUUCCCUUGGUAAUUUUGCUAUGGAAAAAGGCUCAUUAUAUAGAUUGGAUAGGAGGGGUAUUGUCAAGAUGUGUAGUGGCGUAAGUAUUUCUAAUGGUCUUGCGUGGGACCUUAGAGAAAAGGCAAUGUACUACAAUGAUUCACUAGAGGGUAAAAUCAGGCGAUAUGAUUAUGAUGUGGAUACAGGUGAUAUUUCCAAUCUUAAAUAUAUCUUUGAUUUCAAAAAAAAUAAUAUUGACGGUUUCCCUGAUGGCAUGACCAUAGACACGGAUGGUAAUCUGUGGGUUGCCAACUUUGAUGGAUCAUGUGUCCUUAAAAUAGACCCAAAAGCUGGGUCUGUGCUGCAAAAGAUUCCGAUACCAGCUAAGCAGGUCACUUCUGUUACUUUUGGAGGAACAAAUCUUGAUGUUCUGUUUGUUACAACAGCUAGUAUGAAUAUAAAAGAGGAACAAAAACCUCCUUGCGGUUCAACCUUUAUGGUGUUAGGAUUGGGUGUUAAAGGUCAUCCUAAUGACAAAUUUAAGUUGUCUUAAAUGUUAAAAUUUUCUGUUUCAAGCAAUUAAAACAUAUAAAGGCAGAUUUAAAAUUGUUACAGCAAACAUUUCAA